CAGCUACUGAAUCCCAUCAGCACCAAGGACAGCAGAGUUUACUAUAAUUGUGGCCAGGGGCGGACUGACAACUCAUGGGGCCCCCGGGCAAUAGGUGAUCAUGGGGCCCCUGUGUCCUUGCCCAAACUCAAAAAAGCCUAUGAAAAAAGGUACCAGGGGCAUCUCAUGGGGCCCCCUAUUGACCCCGGGCCCUCAGGCAGUGCCCGAGUUUCCAAAUGGUCAGUCCGCCCCUGAUUGUGGCUGUAC